AUGAGUCUCUGCUUUGUUUGUUUUGGUAGCGAUUGCUGGGCAAUUCGAAAUGCUGCAUCGCAACUGUUCGCUGCACUGCUCACGCGCGUGUUCGGUGUUCCUCAAAAUGUUCAGCGUUCUUUCCAUCCACAUCAGAAAAAUCGUAUCUCGUCCUAUGAAUUUUUCACGAGGUAUGCUUAA